GACCGCUCUCGUCGUCGUCGCACUCGUCGCCGCUGUCGUCGUCGUCGUCGCCAUCGUCGCCCCUCAGCCCGCGCAGGCCGGGCCCCCACUCGUUGUGUAUUUCUAUUGCUCACUGGCACACCAGUAUGCCCUUCCCAUUAACCGUCUGCCAGCGGCACCCCCGCUACGCCAUCUUCCUCGUCGUCCUCCUCUUCGGCUCCUUCCUCCUCCUCUCGCCCAGCGAUACCUUCUCGCCGAACAGAUACCACCAGUCGCGCGUCACUGCGCGCGACCACACGCUCCCCGCGCGCAUAGAGCACGCCGAGGAGAUGUACGGACGUACGCUCGACCGCCGGCAGGCCAUGAUCAAGAAGUUUGGGCCCAAUCCGAGCCAGGUCGUCAUGUUCCCUCCAGACCGUGAGCCAUGGCCGGCAUAUACUGUCUGGGACUUCUUCCCACCUGUCUUCAACUGUCCGCAUGAGCUUGAGCGGAUAGGUGCAUUGGGCGACGGCGGAAAGUGGAUAUGCGGACUGUCGCGCGUCGCAGAGAAGCAAGACUGUGUCAUCUACUCCUUCGGUCUCGACUGGGACUCGACGUUUGAGGGCGAGCUCCUGCAGCGGACGUCACACUGCAAGAUAUACGGGUACGACUUCACCGCGCGGGGAUUCGGGCACGGCGUCCCCCGCGCGCUCAAGGGCCGCACGCACUUUGCGCGGCUCGGACUCGGCGCGGAGGACUCGCACGGGCCCGCGGACGAGCCCAAGAUGUGGACGCUGCGCAGCCUCAUGGCCGCGAACGGUCACGACCACAUCGACGUGCUCCACAUUGACAUCGAGGGGUGGGAGUUUGAAGUCCUCCGCGCGAUGGUCGUCGACUUUGCUGGGCUCGGUUCGGUGGGCGAGGCAGCGGGCGAGGCGGGGGAGACGCAGCAGGAGCGCGGCGCGCUGCCGUUUGGGCAGCUGCUGAUCGAGUUCCAUGUGUGGCACCAGAAGUUCCAGGAGUUCCUUGCGUUCUGGGAGAUGCUUGAAGGUGUCGGGCUGAGGCCGUUCAUGUCGGAGGUAAACCUCGUCUACGCAAACUACAACCGCCAGAGCGGCGUCGAGCUCGCGCAGUACUCGUUCCUCAACAUCCGGGGCGACAACGUCUUCACCUCGGACAAGGCGCUCGCGCCCACCGCCGCGCAGGACGGGUCCGCGCUCGACGCGGAGCCGGAUCUGCCAGGGGAGCCCGACGUGCGCACGAUGCGCCACGCCGCCGUCGCGGCGGGCGCACUCGACGUGCGGAGACGGUGAGCGGGCGGCGUCCGUAGCGUCUCAUAGGCCGACUCCCUGUACUCCCUUGUAUAACUCGAAAAUCCCUAUAGGCAUCCUCUAUGAGCGCGUGAGCGCCGCAGUGCUGCCGGGGCUCGUGCGCUCGCCGUUGCGACCUCACGCGCAUCGACGGAUAUACCAAAAACCGUCUUUCGCGUCUGCCUUUCACUUUGCUCGCUCCUUCCGACCGGGUCACAUCCGGUCUUACCGCUAAAUUCACCCCACCCACGGCUGCACACUACGGUGACAUAUGAGUAGCUGUACUCGCCCGGACACAGCGCGUUCGUGCUCCCCGCCAGUGCUUGCAAACAUGUAUUAGUGUAUGUAUCACUUAUCGACUACUCGACUCGGGCAUACUUCGGCGUCGGCUGUGUGCAGAACGCAGCGAUGAUGGUCUGGGUCAGCGGGAGAAGUCGAGCACAAGGGCUGGGUAUUUCUUCCGCGGGCCGUCCCGCGCAUUGUAGCUAUAUUGCAGUCCG